CAGCAGCAACAACAACAACAUCAAAGACAAAGAGCUCAAAAACCAAUCAGCGGUUCUGCUGGACUGAGAUUCAAGAAAAUGAUUUGUUGAGACAUUUACGUUUGAUUAAGCAGAAGGUGGUCAGCUGUGAUUAUAGAUUGGAAAGAGAUGGGAAAUCUAUGUCACCUCGUAGUGACCCAUACAGACUAACAGGUAUUGUGGAAGCAGAUUUAACUGAGAUCAGCACAACACCAGCAAUAUUUACGGAGACAACAGGUUCAUCGAAAGCUGUUGCUCCCAUCCAGGAAUCAGUCACCCAAACAACUGUCGCAGGUUUUACCACAGGUACGACAAAGCUGACAACGAGAAUCCCCCAUAUUUCCACUUCUACUAAGACAGGCAAAGUGGAAGGAGAAUUAACGACGGCCAGCAAAAUACCAACAAGAUCUACAAAGACCAAAGGUUCAUCAGACGAUGUUCAGCCCAACCAGAGUACCGUAGAGCCAACAAAGAGUAAGACCACUUCUACAUCAGCUUCUUCAGCUGUUACCUUCACAUCUCAAAGAACGACAAAGAACAAUGUGAAUGAUAUAUUCGACGGUAUAGAUUCGAGGACAUUGAUAAUUGCAGCAACGGUGGGUGGAGUGAUUGUGGUCUUCAUUCUGGUGGUGGCAGCGUGUCUCAUAGCCAAAAGAAGAACUGGAAAAGGAUUGCUCAACAGAAAACAAGCCAACCUUAAAGAUCAGAAUAUGAAAACGACUGAUAACACAGAGAUGUUACCACUAGAUAAAGAUGGCGUCUACAGCAUCAUCACAUCCGCACCUGCUGCUGAUCGUCCUACAGGUCCUGGGAAAUCUGCCACCAGAAAACCACAAACUGAAGAUUCUGACGUCUACCACGUGUACUGCACCGUCCCUGAUUUACCUCCUCCAUCAACCAAGGAUGACGGACAGUACUGCCUCCUGCAGAAGCACUGAGACACAUUUUCAUGGAUGAUUAGCCCUGAAGAUAAUCAUUAGUUAAUAACGCUGCACCAUUUUGUGCUGAUGUGCUGAUAUGAUGUUCUGCAAAAGACUUUUGUUAUAGAAACCCGAUGAACAAACAGAACAUGUUAAAGAUUUGGAUCUUCAUCCCAGCAGAUCAGAGAAAAACAUCUGGUUUUACUCUCAUCUCAAACAUAACAAGUAGAUUUAACUGUGUGAUUGAUUAGGUCAGUAUCAAUAUUUGUAGUCGACACAGGGACAAGGGUGUAAGAAAAUGGAUGGAUGGACAUUUUCUUUUACAAAGUUUAUCGUUUUUAAUUUAAAUAAUUUAUGAAAACUGUUUUACUCAGAACUCCUUUGUACUUGUGUGUUUCUCCGUACAUCAGGUGUGUUUGACUCUAGUUAAAAGUUUAACAAUAAAUAUGGUGGAUAAAGCGCAAACACUUCUGCUAUUGUUAAACUUCAGGAGCUUCAUAAACUGGUCUGUUGAGCUGUUUCUUUACAUUUAAGAGAAAUAUAUGAAAAUCACCAAACAAUGUGACUUCAGCCAAAGUGUUUAGGAUACAAAUGCUUUUGAAAAACAUAGAAUGACCUUUUACAUAUUCUGAACUCCACAGUCAGCACAAAGAGCAGAGGUGAUUUGAAUAUUAAACCCAAAGCUUUGCUGUGAGUCUAACAAACUUUUACCUAGUAUAUAAUCUUGUGAUACUGUUGCUGGCGUGCGAGUCGCUGCAGAGCGGCGGUUUUUCUGAGACGCUUUUCUGAAACU